AUGGACGGUAUCCGGUUACCUUUGGACAGCCGACGUGGGGUGGCCGGUAUCCGUUUACCUGUGGAACGUCGAUGUACGGCGAACGGCGACGGCCGGUCACCUGCGAACCCACUACGUGCAGAUGUCCGGACACUCCGUCAUGUGUACAGUCGCAGAUCGGCGGUGGCGGUGACGAUCGGACUUCUGAACCGGCGGCCAUAUACUCAGUUUCUCUCGAAAGUCGAGACACGGCAGGGUCGAACUUCUUCCGCGGAUCCGAGGGGACGUGACUCAAAACCACGAGCUCACCCAGCGACUCCGAAAAGAUGCAAAAACAUAGACAUAAUGUUGUUACCGAAUACAUCAUAA